AUGGGAGCCCAACCUGAGGAAGGUCAGAAGCCUUGCUCGAGGGUCCAGACCCUGUUUAAGAGGGUCAAGUCCUUACUCACCAAAACCCACCCCCCUCCUUGACCUGGCUGUACACAUGUAUAUGGGUACAUGUUUGGGCAUGUGCCUGAAAGCAAACUGGAGCAUCUCCCAACACAGCAGCUGACCGGGUCUGUCCUGCAGGUGCUGCACACUGGAGAGCAGCUGAUGGUCCCCAUGGCUGUCCUGGAGGUAGAUAAUGAGGGAGCCUUGUGGAAGUUUCUCCUCUCGGGAGCCAUGGCUGGGGCGGUGUCUCACACGGGCACGGCCCCUCUGGACUGUGCCAAGGUAUACAUGCGGGUCUACUCCUCCAAGACAAAUUUCAUGAAUUUGCUGGGAGGUAUACGGAGCAUGGUCCAGGAGUGGGGGUCCCCACCCUUUCAGGAACGACUCCUUGCCAGCUCCCUGGCUGUGGCCACUUCCCAGACGCUCAUCAACCCCAUGGAGGUGCUGAAGACAUGGCUGACUCUGUGCCGGACUGGCCAGUACAAGGGGCUGCUGGACCGCGCCAGGCAUAUCGUGGAGCAGAAGGGCACCCGCGUCCUUUACCGCGGCUACCUGCCCAACAUGCUUGGCCUCAUUCCCUACGCCUGCACCGACCUGGCUGUCUACGAGAUGCUCAGGUGUCUCUGGCUGAAGUCAGGCAGGGACAUGGAUGACCCCAGUGGCCUGGUCAGUCUGUCGUCCGUGACAGUGUCCACAACCUGUGGCCAGAGGGCCAGUUACCCACUGACUUCGGUGCGCACCAGGAUGCAAGCCCAAGACACCGUGGAGGGUUCAAACCUCACCAUGCGUGGAGUCUUCCGGCAGAUCCUGGCCCAGCAGCGCUGCCCGGGGCUGUACCGAGGCAUGACCUCCACGUUACUGAAGGUGUUGCCAGCAGGUGGCAUCAGCUACAUGGUGUACGAAGCCAUGAAGAAGACCCUGGGCGUAUAA